AUGGCAUUGAUCCGGCCAAGGGAUCAUAGCUCCCUGGACGUCACCUUGAUGGGUCAUCCAGAAGCACGGAACGUGGGCGAGCUUUGGGCUGGCAAGACGAACAUCAAGGAGCGGCGGAGACUGCAGAACCGGCUGAACAGGCGAGCCUACAGGAAACGCCAGGCCGAACAAAAGCUGGUUCGAAAGCGGACCAUGGCUCAAGCAGGCAUCGAACCAGAAGCCAGGAUGAACCGAAUGCUCCGCGUGCCUGGCGUCACGGUUUUCUCUCUUGAUGUCAAACAUGAUCAGACCCAAAAAGGACCAAUCUCGCUAACAUCUCUCGUCUCCGCCGCCGGCAUGUCCUCUGGCGAAGACGCCGCUGUCUUGUCCUCGUCGCCGCAGCGCCAUCUCCGACUCCUUCAAUCGUGGUGUCGCAAGUUCGAGGAGACGAUGCGGCGAGCUGGUCUAAUCAGUGUCGAACCCGAUCAAGGCAGCCCAACUACCGACUCGGACGCUAUCCAGCUCGAAGAAGUGCUCGUCGAGGUCGGACACGUUCGAUAUCCGGACUUGAUACCGAAUCCUGAGGAUCAGCUUAUCAACCUCAUGUACUACAAUGUGUUCCGGGGCCUGGCCAAGAACAUCCGCGCAUUGAACCUCGAUAUACAAUCAAUGGCAUCGUGGAACUACGACUCGCCAUUCGUGACUGGGAAAGUGGAUGUCUCAACGCUUGCCCCUGAUUUCCAGCCAACAUACUUACAGCGGACCAUAUCGCACCAUCCGUGCUUCGACGUGUUCCCCGACCCGGUAGUAAGGGAUAACGCGAUUGUGCAUUGGUACAUCGAAAAGCAUCCAUUGGAGGGACGAUUGUGCAUGGCAUUGGCUGGGAGACACACAUGGCACGAGAUUGACCUAGCUCUGAAAUGUGGCUGCAUAUUGUGGGGCGAGCCGGAUGUCGCAGAGAGCUGGGAGGUUACUGAGGGCUUUGCCAGAGACUGGCCUUUCUUGGUGAAAGGAGCUGUCCGACUUGAGGCGGCGACGAACCGCUACAGAGCGUUUCGAGGGGAGCCACCCAUUCUCUUCGCUUGA